UUUCACAGGGAUGAGGAUACACUAAUACAGAUAAGCCUGAUAAGUGGUUGAGAAAGAAACCCAGGAAAAACACCCGCACGGUCGCACCACCACUGCAACGGCAGCUCACCGUCGUUUUUCAACCGGAACCACCCCCCACUUUUUAGUUGCUGAGAAUAUCGAAUGAGGGAGAUAGGCUGUAGAUAAACCAACUAACUGAUUCUGCGCAAUCUCUGCCUCCUGAGAUUAUGGAUAACUUUUCAUUUGGUUCUGCAUCCACACAUUACUGCUCUACUUUUUCUGGAAAGCCGUACUCGGUUUCCGCCACUACGUUACCAUUAUACCCAAUUACCGCUUGCUCACAUGACUCUGAAACCCCUACCACCACCACUUCGUCAUACCUCCGCCGUCCCACUAAUAACAAACCCUUAAAACCCAUCACCAACUCCCCCAUAAAUCCGCAACCUUCUAAACCCAAAAGCCAUAACAACAAUCCCCUUCAAAAACUCCUCAAUCCCACCUCUAAAAAGAAUCCGAUUGAUAACAACUCAGGAACCCUAACAGAGAAGCUCUGGUUAACCAGAAAACUCGCUCCGCCACCGCCGCCACCUUCUCCAGCACCGCCACAACCAGCACCACAUUUUUAUGAAACUGAGAAUGUUAGUGUGGAUAGCUCACGUGUCUCGGGAUCCAAACGAAUUGAGUACAGAGAGAAAGGGAAAAUAUUUGUGGGGAACCUUCCUCUAUGGAUAAAGAAACAUGAGCUUACCGAAUUUUUUAGACAGUUUGGUCCCAUAAAGAAUGUGAUACUGAUAAAGGGUUACAAUGAUACAGAAAAAAACAUGGGAUUUGGUUUUGUAAUAUAUGGGGGUACAACAGCUGAAAAGUCGGCAAUGAAGGCGGUGGAGUUUGAUGGUAUGGAGUUUCAUGGGAGGGUGUUAACUGUGAAACUUGAUGAUGGGAGGAGAAUGAAGGAGAAGUCUGCGGAUAGGGCUAGGUGGAUUGAAGGGGAUGACAGUGUAGAUUACAAGUCAAAAUGGCAAGAAGAGAGGGAGGGUUCACGAACAGAGCUUAAGAAGGUGUUGGAAACUCAACCAGAGAACUGGCAGGCUGUUAUCACAGCUUUUCAAAGGAUUAAGAAGCCUUCCAGGAAAGAGUUUGGGUUGAUGGUCAACUAUUAUGCAAGACGAGGAGAUAUGCAUCGUGCAAGAGAAACUUUCGAGAGCAUGCGAGCCAGAGGAAUUGAGCCAAACACACAUGUCUUUACCAACCUAAUUCACGCUUAUGCAGUAGGUAGAGAUAUGGAAGAGGCACUUUCUUGUGUAAGGAAAAUGAAAGAUGAGGGGAUUGAAAUGACUUUGGUGACCUACAGUAUUCUUGUGGGAGGAUUCGCUAAAGUUGGCGAUGUGAAUGCUGCAGAUAAGUGGUUCAAGGAGGCCAAAGAUACACAGACAACUCUGAAUGCCAUUAUAUACGGAAGCAUAAUUUAUGCUCAUUGCCAAACCUUCAACAUGGAUCGUGCGGAAGCCUUGGUCAGGGAGAUGGAGGAAGAGGGCAUUGAUGCUACAAUGGAUAUUUACCACACUAUGAUGGAUGGUUAUACAAUGGUUAAAAAUGAAAAUAAAUGUCUUGUGGUAUUUAAGAGGCUUAAGGAAUGUGGCUUUACACCAACAAUAGUUACAUAUGGAUGCCUUAUUAAUCUUUACACCAAGAUGGGAAAAGUUUCCAAAGCAUUGGAGAUCAGUGAAACAAUGAAAUCUGAAGGCGUAAAGCAUAACAUGAAGACAUAUUCAAUGUUAAUCAACGGAUUUAUAAAGUUAAAAGAUUGGGCUAACGCAUUUGCUAUAUUUGAAGAUGUGGUCAAAGAUGGUUUAAAGCCUGAUGUUAUACUGUAUAAUAACAUCAUAGGGGCAUUUUGUGGCAUGGGAAACAUGGAUCGUGCACUUCGUACUGUUGAGGAAAUGCAAAAAUUGAGACAUAAACCCACUUCACGAUCAUUUAUGCCCAUCAUUCAUGGUUAUGCGAGAGCCGGGGAAGCUAAAAGAGCUCUUGAGGUGUUUAAUAUGAUGAGAAUGAGCGGAUGCAUCCCAACUGUGCACACGUAUAAUGCUCUAAUUCUUGGUCUAGUUGAGAAGCGUCAGAUGGAAAGGGCAGUAAAAGUGGUAGAUGAAAUGUUACUGGCGGGGGUUAUCCCAAAUGAGCAUACGUACACCACAAUAAUGCAUGGUUAUGCAUCAGUUGGUGAUACUGGAAAAGCAUUCGAGUAUUUUGCUAAAGUUAAGAAUGAGGGAUUGGAUCUUGAUGUUUUCACAUAUGAGGCCCUACUUAAAGCAUGUUGUAAAGCUGGGAGGAUGCAAAGUGCUUUAGCAGUGACCAAAGAAAUGCAUGCGCAGCAAAUUCCAAGAAAUACAUUCUUUUACAACAUACUCAUAGACGGAUGGGCUCGAAGGGGCGAUGUUUGGGAAGCAGCUGACUUGAUGCAACAAAUGAAGCAAGAAGGGGUCCAACCUGACAUCCGGACUUACACAUCUUUAGUUAACGCUUGUUGUAAAGCUGGUGAUAUGCUUCGAGCAGCAAAAACGGUUAAAGAGAUGGAGGCUGCAGGAUUAAAGCCAAAUCUCAAAACACACACGACAUUGAUACAUGGCUGGGCUCGUGCUUCACUUCCUGAGAAAGCUUUAAGAUGCUUCGAAGACAUGAAGCGGGCAGGAUUAAAACCAGACCGAGCUGUGUACCACUGCUUGAUGACAUCAUUGCUGUCACGAGCUUCUAUAGCUGAAGACUACAUUUACUCAGGCAUCGAGCAAAUAUGUGCGGAAAUGGUGGACUCAGGUUUGACCGUUGACAUGGGGACUGCUGUCCACUGGGCCCGGUGCUUACGUAAGAUUGAAAGGGGCGGUGGAGAUAUUACUGAAGCACUUCAGAAAACAUUUCCACCUGAUUGGAAUUCACAGAACACGCUUGAUGAAAUUUCGGGGGUGGAGUGGAAUGACGACGACAAUGAUGAUGAUAAUGGUGAUGGGUUGAGUUAUGAUCGUGAUUCUGAUAGUGAUUUUGAUGAGGUUUGAUAGAUGACUUCGAUAGUAGAUGUACAUUUUGUGAAAGCUUUUAAAGAAUUUUGCUAUAUUAGCUGUACACCGCCGCUGCAACGAAAGCUGUACAUGGUCUUGAUUUGUUAACUUUGAGCCGACUGAUGAGAGCCGAUCCUGUUUAGUUAUUCAUAGUUAUUCUUCUUUUUAUUGAUGUAUAUAUCUGGUAAAUGCUUCAUCUGCUGGUUCUGUACAAGUUUUUUCCUUGUUGGAGGGAGCUCCAGGUUUUAUAAAAAAAUCUGAUUUUGCUGAAA